AGCUCCGAGAUAUUGGCUUUGCUCAGUCAGCAACCACCCAGUUUUGUCUUUGGUCCAGAGUUUCCCCUCAAAACUAUGAGUGCGGGAAUAAAAAAAUCUUCCUCAAAUGGCUCUGAGAGUAUUUUAACAAGUGAAGAGCAGCAGGCAAAGAUUAAUGAGGUGAGAAAAUUGUUGAAGGCAGUACCCGAGAAGCUGUCCACAUACUGUUCUGAUGCAUCCAUUGCAAGGCAUCUGAGGGCCAGAAACUGGAAUGUCAAGAAGGCCACCAAAAUGUUGAAAGAUACCUUAAAGUGGAGGUCAGAAUACAAACCGGAGGAGAUUUGUUGGGAGGAGGUAGCUCAUGAAGCAGAGACAGGAAAAAUUUACAGAUCGAAUUAUAUGGACAAGCAUGGGAGACCAGUUCUUGUCAUGAGACCUAGUUGCCAGAACUCAAAGUCAACAAAAGGCCAGAUACGAUAUUUGGUAUAUUGCAUGGAGAAUGCUAUUUUAAAUCUUCCACCAGACCAGGAACAGAUGGUUUGGCUGAUUGAUUUUCAAGGUUUCAAUUUGUCACAUAUAUCGGUGAAGUUGACACGCGAAACUGCCCAUGUUUUGCAAGACCAUUAUCCAGAACGCCUAGGUCUUGCAAUACUCUACAACCCACCCAAAUUUUUUGAACCAUUCUUUACGUUAGUAAAGCCUUUUUUAGAGACAAAGACUUACAACAAAGUCAAGUUUGUGUAUACGGAUGACCUCAACACCAAGAAGGUAAUGGAGGAUCUAUUUGAUAUUGAAAAACUGGAGGCUGCAUUUGGAGGAAAUGAUACUGGAGGUUUUGAUAUAAAUAAGUAUGCUGAGAGGAUGAAAGAGGAUGAUAAGAAGAUGCCCUUGGUAGCCUCACAUCCUGUCGUGACCAGUGCUGCUCUCUCAUUGGAUCCUAUCAAGGUAGACUCAAGUUCUGAUAAUGAGAAAACAGACGCUUCUGAUAAUGAGAAAACAGAUGCUUCUGAUAAUGAGAAAACAGACGGUUCCUUAUCCCAUGGUAUAGAACCAGAAAUUGUCUCAGACCGCAAUAUGCCGGUGGCUUCUAGUACCAGAAAUGCUACUGAUGUUGUAGAACAAGAAUAAUCAAGAUUCAGGUAUGGUGACUUAACUGUAGUGAUGUCUUGCUGAGUGGCUUUCGGGUUAGGUACUUAAACUUUGUAAGGCUCCUGUAAACUCAGUUGUCAAUUUAUUUGUUUUGAGCAUAUUGGAAACUCCGGCAAUGAAAUCACCUAGUUAAGUUGGUCAGAGCUCAAAAAAGUAGUUCUUAAAACCAAUUCAGAGAAUGCAUUUUAUCUCCUUCAUUUUAAGCAUUUUUACUUCAAGAAUAAACUGUACAAGUUAGUGAAAGCUUGACAUUAUUCUCAACUACUGUGUUUAGUGCUUGCUGUGAGUAAUUGUAAUGACUAGUACAAAAUAGAUCGUCUAUGGUAUUAUGGGAAAUCAGUGCUUGUGUUGUCAGAUUUGAUAGGCAGACUUUUCUGUCUACUGCUGGCUCUAUAUAUUCAUAAAUGGACAUGGCUUUCUAACACAAGGAACCAUAUACCAUCUCAAGGAGUGGUCCGGAAACCAUCCCCAAAAUUAGAAAGAACGUCUCAAUCUUCGACAUUGGAAAGCUAGGAAUGUGAUUGAACGUGCAUUUGUGUUGAAGAAGAUAAUGUGGAGCAUAUCAAGAACAACUUCCUUUUUUGACGUUAAAACACAAGUAAGAAUCAUCAAUGCUUGUGUGUUGCACAAGUCCAUUCGGAUUGAGAAGCACAACCAUCCACCAUUAGAAGUUGAAGACUUGCCCCUUUCAGAUUUAGUAGAUCACUUGAUCAUGAGUUGUCAGUGAGGCCAAUAGAAAUCAAUGAGGACGAGGUUAGAACUGUUGAAGCUACUAACGACUUCAUU